GGUCAAGGGUUCCUGCAGUAGAGGCUGCUCCAAUGAAGCCGAAGCUUGACUGUUUCGAUGUGCAUCCAGAUUCCGUGACCCCAAUGAGACAUUCACAUCUCGUACGACCACCAGGUGGACAACCCGUGUCCAGAAAACUCGCAUACGUGCUAUCUUGAUCUAAAGUGAAGUCGAAUCCAUCCAAAAGUUCUUCUCUUUGCUCCCCUCGAGACUCCAAGGUUGACAUUAUUAGGUCUGUGGCUUUGCGACCGGAGCCCUUUUCCUUCCAGUCCUGCAAUUUGGUGUCUGUUGCCCGUUGAAGACCCCGACGUGUGGACUCAGGCUCUCAGCUUCAGCAUGUCUGUAGCAAGCGGUUCUCCACCUUCUCCGUCAACAGAUGGGCUUCCACCUUCAUCCUAUGACGGGAGCCAUUUGCCCUGGCGGACGUUUCGACAAGAAGUACUAUCACCUCACAGUAUCCGCGUGCUUGAAACCCCGCCAAAAGAGCGCAUUCCAGCAUCAUUUCUCAAAAUCAUCGAAACGGCAAGUCAGGACACAGCACGAUUUGACAACCAAAAGACCUCCUUCUGGAACCAGGUCUUGACGGGACGAGGCUUUGGUCCUUCGCCGUUGUUUCCUCCAAAUCUCCUUCCGCCUAUCGAGAAAGAGUCAUGUCUCGCACGAUGCAUGGUCCCCUCCUUCAGUCGAGAGGCACUCCCGGACAGAGCGAUGAACCGACUUGGACCUCUUUACGAAUUGUCGGUACCACAUCCAGGACUCGGAUGCGGCUUUUCAGCACAAGGUUUCACGACGCAAGAACUGGCAUGCCUUCCGCACUGGCUCCAAGUAACGGGAACGAUGGUGCAUUUUAACACAGGUUAUGUCUCUCCUGGCGCAACUAUGUACUGCCCAUUUCUCACCUUCGAACGAGCCUACGGCAACAAUCAGCACCGUGUGGAAUCCGCGAACAAUCAGUGCGCCAUUGGUGGAGCAUACUCCGCCCGAGCCCUGCAAAUGCUGUAUGCCAGAGCGUGGAAAGGCGAAAUGAUGCCUGAACUUCCGGUAACCUUCUCCUGCACCAUCGACAACAGCUUCGCCUUACUCAAUCUUCACUGGAUAGACCAUGGCCAGGCUUACUGUAUGGCACCACUCUGUCAAUUUGACCUAAGCAAGGAUGUUCACUUCAGCAAAUUCCUGGUGUGGAUCCAAGCAAUCGGCGACUGGGCGCUGACCCAUGUUCUGCCGCUCGCCAAAGAAGCUGUCCAUCGCCUCCAAACAGCUACCAGUGUUCCUCCUACACCUGGAGUGCACCCCGCCAAACUUAGACUAGACACUCGAAUGAACAACAAUGAGCUCAUCAUGUCGUCGUUGAAGACUGCGUUUGAUGAUAUUCCCUGGCGCUUCGACGGUGAUGAUUAUACACCAAGCUGCAGCAGUACCGCUAGCUGGGGCAGUCCCAUGGUGACUGAGGUCACAUUUCAGAAUGUCAAUUACCCAGCCGUCCGGCCUCCGCGUAGCAAUACGAUGGAUCCUUCCACACUCGCCAGGAAGCGCAGCGCAAAAGCCAACCCCGGCCCGGCCACACCACCGCCCGCAUAUUUACAGAACCAGGAUAUGGUCUGGCAGAAACGAUUCAAUCAUGCUAUGGACGAAAUUCGCGAGCUGCAGCAGCAAAUGCAAACUCUAAAGAGAGAUUUAGGCACUACCCAGACAGCGCUGCGUGAUGAGAUGAUCUCAACCAAGUCUGGUAGCGAAUCGAGUACGCUAUCAACGCCGAUAGUGGCAUCAUCAAGUCAGAUUGCAGCUACCGUGAAGUCCUCCCCACGCUUGAUCACGAUCAAAGUGUGGCGGUGCGCGAGUUUUGCACUGACAGGAUACAUUCUGUCGUCUUUCAUUCCCAACAUGAUGGUACGAACCGCAGCAUGGGGCUGUAUCGCGAACGCCUGCGCGUUUGCUUUCGCUGGUCCAAGCCUUUUCAACCCCAUAGCCAUUGGAAAGGUUGGGCUACCUUUUUGGCCCAGAAAGAAGUGAUAUACAGAUCAGAUUUGGGAGCGCGAUUUUGUGACGGUAUUUUGCACAAGCCCAUUUAUCUCAAAGUUAUUGUCAGUCCUUUCGGCGAGGCGUUGGUGCUCAACAAUACUAAUGUCUCUGGGUGUGGUCUUAUGAGAUGUUGGGGGAAAUUGGCCGUCUACUUUUGGCAACCCGUUCAUGACGAAGGCCGAGUGUGCAUAUGACAACCCAUUGAACCCUCUACGACGUCACUCACUUUACCACAGCAAUGAGCGAACCGUCAUGGUUCUUUCCUCCAACCGUCUGCAUUACAGUGGCAUCGACUCUCUCGUCCUUACCCACCAUCUCGACCAAAUUCGUGACACUGGCGUCGUUCUCCGCCGGUCCAACUGCGCCAAUUUCCAACAACUGCUUCACGACGUUAUCUACGUACACGACGCUCCCUUUACCCUUGGACAGCUUGACACCCCAAUCAAAGUAGGCCCAUUGAUUAUCCCAAUCUGCGUCGAUGAAGAUGAAAUCGAACUUCUCGCGCUUGCCAUGGUCGAUCUCCUUAGCCAGACGGGGCAGGAUAUCCAGCCCCGCCCCAAGCAGGAUGUCGACUUGGUCGGGGAUCUUGACGCCGGCAUACUUGAGGUUCUCGAUCGCCACAUCACGCCUGUCCGGGUUGAUUUCGACGCUGGUCAGUUUUCCACCAGCACCGGAAGUGUUGAGCGCCUGCGCAAGCCAUAGCGCCGAGUAGCCGCCUAGAGUGCCGAUUUCAAGGAUGUUCUUGGCCCGGGACAUGCGGGCUAGCAGAGAGAUGAAUUUGCCUUGAGAUGGGGACAGGGCGAUCUCCGGGAUGCCAUGAGCGCUGGUGUUGCUGUAGGCGUGUGUGAAGGCUGGAGUGGGUGGGAUGAGAAGCGAUUCGGUAUACUCUGUGAUCUCGUUGGCGUGGGUGACGGUUUCGACGGACAUUAUGGAAGAGAGACUUCGAGUGACUCUACAGUGUCAAUCCAAAGAGUUGAUGGAUGUCUGAAGAAUGUCUCGACAGGAUCUGAAGUUGAGCGAGCUUAUAUAGGCUGAUUCGAGGCCCAGCUCCGAGAGCAAGCAAGCAGGUUUCACGACAUGUGCUCAAAGACAAGCAUGCCUCCAGGCAGCAACGUUAUUGUCUGGACGAAUGUGUAUCGUACGAAUGAAUCGUGACGGAGCGGAUGCUGGCUGGGAG